AUAGUCGGGUCUGCUCUUCUAUGAACAGCUAACUGGCAGAAGUCCUACCCAGCUGUGUGGACGCAUCGUUCCGUUUAACAGCCGUUUGUCCGAUUUGUUGUGUCUUGCAUACUCUCUCGUUGGGUAUAUUUUAAAGAAACGGACGCGCAUGGAGUCUUUGUUUUUGGGAAGGCGCUUUGUCGUAGAGAAAAUGUGCAGUUAGUCUUAGCUACCGCAGCCAAGCUCAGACCGCCGCCACACAGUGUGGACAAGCAGGGAGCGGAGAGAAGCUAAAGGGCUGCUGUUAGUCGACCACCCCGAAACCGACCAGAACGAUGGGCCUGAUUUUCGCAAAACUGUGGAGCUACUUCUGCAACCAAGAGCACAAGGUGAUUAUUGUGGGUCUGGACAAUGCGGGGAAAACCACCAUCCUUUACCAAUUUCUGAUGAAUGAGGUUGUUCAUACAUCGCCCACCAUUGGGAGUAAUGUGGAGGAAAUAGUGGUGAAAAACACCCACUUCCUGAUGUGGGACAUAGGUGGACAGGAAUCUCUGAGGUCCUCCUGGAACACCUAUUACUCCAACACAGAGCUGGUGUGUUCAUUCAGAGCUCAGACUGCAGCAGGGGUCACUGAUGUCAGCCGGUUCAUUAUUCUGGUGGUGGACAGCACCGACAGGGAGAGACUGGCCAUCUCUAAAGAGGAGCUCUACAGGAUGUUGGCUCAUGAGGACCUGCGGAAGGCAGCUGUGUUAAUAUUUGCCAACAAGCAGGACAUGAAAGACUGCAUGUCGGCAGCCGAGAUCUCCAAAUACCUCACCCUGAGCUCCAUCAAAGACCAUCCCUGGCACAUCCAGUCCUGCUGCGCUCUGACAGGAGAGGGUUUAUGUCAAGGCCUUGAAUGGAUGACCUCCAGAGCUGGACUCAGAUAGCCCCCCUGUCCUGCCAUCAAUGCCUGACUACCUGCACCUCUCCCUGAUGAGGUGGCACACCAUUUUUGUCUUUACUGGCUUCCUUUUUUUGUCUUCAGUGACGCAACAACAGACGCCACCGCCGACGGACCACAACAAAAUCAUUUUGUGGAGUCGGAGCUAAAACAAAAACUGCGAAGAAGGUUGUCAGUCAAGGACAAUUUACACUACAUACAUAUCAUGUCGUGUUACAUCUCAUCAAGCUGAGUACUUUAAGGAAACUUAAAUAUUGUACAGCUUUCUUCAGGUCAAACGGAGGAGUUACACAGUAUUAUGAAAGCAGCUCCAAUGAUCAUAUUCACUCUAAGAUGUUCUAUUAAUUUGACAAUGUUUUUAUUUGGUUCUCAUUCAAAGCACAGAUGUUUGUUACAUUUUGUUUCAGAUUCAUAAGCUACAGUCAUCAUGUCUCACAUUCAUUUGGAGUUUUUAAACCAACUUGUUUUUUUCUUUUAUGCCAUAAAUGAUCCAGCCAAUGUUGACAUGCUAAAUUUGGAAGAUGGAAAAUCACUUAAACAUCAAAUGGAAGCUUGGAUUUAACAGUAUUUCUCAGCAUUUUAUAAAUGAUGCAUUGAGUUAUUUAAUUUUCGUUUUGCUCUAGUCAUUUUAGUGAAUAAGAGUUUAGCUUGUAGGCUUAUUUUACUCGAUCUUUCUCUUGAACUGUUUUUGUACAAUAUAAACAAAGGGAUCAGCGGAAGCCACUAUGAAACAGGUGCCAAGCGUUUACAGGAAACCAUCACUCAUGAACUGCUUGCACCGUCGGGUCCGGUGUCCCACCGACUCGAUGUUUCAGCUCUGGUACUUGAUGUUCAGCCUUAACUCAACCUCUCUAGUCUGCCUGAUUCUUUUCCUCCUUCGGCUUGUCAAAUGAAUCCUUUACCAUCACAUCUAUGCACGUGCCACUUUGAGAACUUGUUGUACAAGUUCAGACGUGGUCAUAUUUGGAGGUGCAUGGCUUACAGUGAGCCUGAGUCGUCAGGCGGCCAGAUAAACAGGAAGUUUAACCAUGCACCAGUUAACUCUGCUGCAGGGAGGCUUCCAGCUGGAGCUCACAAAGCAAGGAAACGGGUCACAUGCUGUGGUGACAUCUCGUCUGCAUCAUGUACUGCAUUUGUUUUUUCAUUAAACAGUUGUUUUUGAA